CUAGGCAAUCAAGCUAAAGCAGCAAUGAAUGCUGGCGAUCUUGUUUCUGAUGACUUAAUCAUGGGCAUUAUGGCUGAACGUCUUAAAGAAGAUGAUUGUAAAGCAGGUUACUUACUAGAUGGUUUCCCACGCACUAUUCCUCAAGCAGAAGCUUUAAAAGUUAUGCUUGCAGAAAUGGGCGAAACAUUAGAUUGCGCGGUUGAAAUUGACGUUGCACGUGACGUAAUUCUUGAUCGUUUAACAACACGUCGUACUUGUUCUGGCUGUGGUGAAAUCUACAAUGUUAAAUCUAACCCACCUGCAGUUGAAGGCAAGUGUGAUAAAUGUGGCGAGCCUGUUGUACAACGUGAUGAUGAAACUGAAGAAGCUAUCAGCAACCGUCUAAACGUAUACAACGACCAAACUGCACCUUUAGUUGGUUUCUACAAAAACGAAGGUUUAUUGCUUUCU